AUGUCCCUCCUCCAGGAUCUUGAGCAACAUGUCUCUGAUUACAUGUUCAUGGUUUCACACAACAAGGGGAUUUACUCCGGCACCAAAUGCCACCCGGCGAUCUCUGAGGACCUGCAGAAAGCAGCUGGAGGGGCAGUAGACAUGAUCAGUCAGGCGGAUAAGUGCACAGUCCUACUUGACGGUGAUAUCCUCAACACGCUUCCUCCGCCAAGUGGCAGUGCAAUGCAUCUGGAUCGUGAACUGAAGUAUGAAAGGUGCCGGCUCCAGUUGAGAUGGGACCAUAUGAACCACCCCUGGUAUGAAACCACUGUUGAUCCAACCAACAGCCACCUCCUUGCCAUCUGGCCAUUCAAGCUAUGCGACCUCUCUGGUCCCAUUCUGCUAUGGUACCUUCCUGAUGUGGUUCCCAAGUGGCUACAGGCCCUUGUGUUUGGGUCCCUCCUUCCGGUGCAUAGGCAGCUCAAGGCUGGCAUCAGCGCCACCAAUGCUGCCAUGUUCCGGAACCACACCAGUUUAUUCCUCCCACCCCUGGCUUCCGGAAUCCAACCUGGAUCAAUCAACCUGUCACCAGGCUGGUACCAAUCUGGUCAUGACAAGGACCCCACCCAUUAUCCCGAACCCUCUGCUAACUGGAGGGAUCUACAGGGGGACCUCGCCAGCACCGUGGUAGAUCUCUCCAGCCUUCAUGCCCUUGCUUCUGGCAUCCUCCGGCUCAUCCAUCCAUGGCAAUACAUCCAGGGGAAGGCUUGUAUGCAGUCACUCAGCAAUGAUAUUAACACCAGGGGCCACAUCAGACAGUGGGCUUUGGUCUUCAAUGCCGCCACUAUACUCUCUAACCGAGAGACAGUCCUCCAUAGAGAUGGUGGAGGUACAUAUCCUUGGUAUGACAUCUUAUCCACCCAUGGGCAGUACCGGUAUGGCCAGCUAUCCUUUCCCAUGCUCAGGAUUGACCUUGACUACUGA